CCCUCUGUACAUCCCGCAUCGACAGCGCCGAGAUGGAACAUGUCGACCUGAGCACGGGAAUGACAUGGCACCCAGCGGAAACGAAGAAAAGAAAGCAUGCAUCAGCAUCCGCGGCAAUGCCGUCUUCUUCGUCGUCUCCAUCGUUGACGAACUUUGCGUUCCAGUGUGCAUUUGAUCAAACUCAAGCCGCGGUCAACUCGGUGCUCCAAAAAGCCAACCAUGCAUGUUUCGACCAAGUGCUCGAUUCAUUCGUAGAACGAUCGAGUUCGUCCGUGGAUCCGCAUCUCCUGCCUCUCCAGCCCUUCCCGGUCGCCGCCGUGAUCGCAGGAACGGACGCCGGGGCCGCGUCCAGUGCGUUAUGGACCGAACCGCUGAUCCGCCGGCUCAAGUACCGCUUUCCAUUUGUCGUGAGCGUUCAGCGCCAGUUCACAAACGGGCGACAACUACUCGAGUACGUGGCGAACGCGGUGUUCGUUGAAGCCCAAAACCGGACGAUGGAGGGCCAGUGGCUCCAGAUCGAGUUGCAGCGCCAAAAAAAGCAGUUGACGUCGCGGCGGUCGUAUCGAUUGCCCGCCGCGCGCAGCUCCGACGUCCCUGUCAUGAAGUGGGACACCGUUGCAGCCAUCUUGCGCCGCGUACACGAUGUCGUCGAGCCCGUCAUGCAGCAGUCCGACGACGUCACGAUUCAAACCGAGAUGCUGCACUUGGAGCUCCAAAGUGCCGCAGACGUCGCGAUCGCUGAGUGCCAGGCCAAGUUCGACGCAAGCUGCGAGUGCCUCGACCGGCUUCUGCAAGACUCCACCGAUCGACUGCAGUACCUUCGGAAACUCGUGGGAGUGGGUACUGGCACCGAGCGCAAGCUUAUGCAACUGCAUCAGUGGCUUGUCGACAAAUAUCGGAACGUUGUCGAGCACGAGCUCAAGCUGGAAAUCCACGACGCAGCCCGCCUAAAGCUUCGACGAAUCCUUCGCAAGAUCGUGACCACCCAUUCUAUCGACAAAAGUGUCGCUGCUCCCGAGAUGUUGCAGGACGGCGCGGCGGCGCCGCUGUGCGUCCCAACAGUCAUCCUUGUGGUGGACCAGUUUGAAUCGAUCGACGAGAUCGUUUUUGGCGACUUUUUGCACAUGUGGCGAGACCACACGACGACAACGUCGGCUGCGUCAUCGCCAAUGCUCCUGCGCCUGGGCCUUGUGCUCGGCUUCAGCUCGCCGUUCUCGCCAUCGUAUCGCCGCAUGCCGCAUGCGAUUGCGUCGAUGGUGUCGGUGCGACCGAUCGUCCUCGAGGAUUCGUUCAAGAACUUCCACGACAUUUGCCAGACACUCGUGCUUUCUGGCACGUUCCCCAUCACCGUGUCCGGCGCGGUCUUCCUGUGGCUCCACACAACCUUCUCUCAAACCCACUCGAUCGAUGGAUUCCUCGCCGCGCUCAAGCUCAUUUUGUACCAGCACGUUGCGCCAACAUGGGCAUCUCGAACGACGUCGGUGUUGGACCGUCAUCGAGUGCUGGCGCUAUUUCCACUGCCAAAGGACGCCGCCGCCGCGCAUGGACUUCCAUCCACCGUCCAAAGCUACGUCCAGUCGCUGUCGGAUGCAGAGUCCUCGGCCCUGGAACAUGCACUUCGCCGACAAAACCAUGAAGGCGUGUCGUGUGAUGGCGGCGACGACGGCAGCGCGGAGGCGGUCGUGGCGGCGACUCUCGACCGCGUGCACCAGUGGAAGCAAUUGUGGCAGUGCAUGUGGAAUUGUGUCGACAUGACGUGGCACAUGUGCACAACGUUCGAGCCGUCGUGGACGAAGUUGAAGGCGACGGCGGUCGCGCUGGCGCUGGACGGUCACCUGGCCGGGUCGGUCGUCGCGCAGCACAUGCAAGCAUUCUUGCUUCAUCACGUGGGAAUUCGGGCCAUGCACUCGUUGGUGCUAGAGUGGAGGCAGUGUAUAGCGAGGUUUGAAAUGGAUGGUUGCGACGCGCCGGCACUGACCGAAGUUGCGUCCGCGAUCCACGACAUGGUCGAGGUCCUGGCGUUUGUCCAGGAGACAAGCGAAUCGGACGAGACAGCCAAGAUGAUCCCGGAAGUGCGGCGGGACGUAUGGAGCCUCCUGAGCCGACGGAUGUUACCGUGCUUGAGCCCGGCGCUGCCCGCAGCGUGCGCGCCGCUGGGCUGCGUCUUCUACUUCGACGAUGUCGAGGUUUUGGAGACGCACCUGGCGUCGCACAUGGAGACUGCGAUGGCGGCAGCGAUGGAAGCGAAGCACCCGCCAGGCUCAUUUGGCCACGAUUUGCACAUCCUCCAUACGUUUUACAGGCACACGGCCGGGAUGUGGAUCAGCGUCGCCGAGUGGCUGGAGGAUUUUCAGACCAAGUGCAGCGGUGGGGCCGCGCCAUCCAAGACGACCAAGGACGCGUCCAAGGUGCGCUUCCUCCGAGGCGUUGCCGCCAUGCAGCACCUCGGGUUUGUCCGACAAGUGGGUAAUGGGGACGACUACGUUGAGAAAAUGUUGUUCUUGUAAAGAAGACGAGGAUGGCGUGCGAUGGAGUCGCCAGAUGCGGCAUGCUAUGCAUACCC